AUGUCUUCAGCUCAAGACCCAUUUUACAUUGUAAAAGACGAGAUUCAAGAUUCUAUUGAUAGCCUCCAGGGCAGCUUUCAUGAAUGGGAACGCGUCCCUGUUGGCAGUGGGGAACAAUCUCGGUUGACAAAGGAACUCCUUUCGAAUUGCGAGAGCAUUGAAUGGCAGGUGGAUGAGCUGGAAAAGGCUAUUUCUGUAGCAGCUAGAGACCCUUCUUUGUAUGGUAUAAACCAAGCGGAGCUUGAAAAGCGAAGGAAGUGGACCACUACAGCUCGGAUUCAGGUGGGAAAUAUUAAGAAAGCAGUGACAGUGAGUUCAAACUUUGGUGGGAGUGGGAUGCGCCAAGAAUUAAUGCGGAUGCCAAAGUCUCAUCAUCAGCAGGAUAAGGUUGGGACCAGAACCGGAUCAUAUGCUGCUGUAGAUAAUGAUGAUUUUAUUUCUUCAGAAUCAGACACACAGAUGCUUCUCAUCAGACAACAAGAUGAAGAGUUAGAUGAACUAAGUGCAAGUGUGGAAAGGAUCGGAUCUGUUGGGCUCACCAUACAUGACGAACUCCUUUCACAGGAGAAAAUUAUAGAGGAUUUGGGUUCAGAAAUGGAAAGUACAUCUAAUCGUCUUGAUUUUGUUCAGAAAAAAGUGGGCAUGGUUAUGAAGAAGGCCAGUGCCAAGGGACAGAUGAUGAUGAUCUUAUUCUUGAUUGUCCUCUUCAUUAUCUUAUUCGUUUUGGUUUUCUUCACCUGAACUCAACUCGACGCCUACAUCAUAUGCUGUUUCUUGAUUUCAAAAAUAAAAAAAUUACCGUAUUAUCUAUUAUAGGAGCUAGGUGUUUUCAUUAGACUUUUGUUGCUUUAUAUGGUGUGAGUAAAUUGAGAAAAGUUUUCCAAGAAUAUUAUUGUCCCGCUUUUGAACAUAGUUUUAUUAAUACCUUGUACCGGUUUGUUUUUUUCAAGGAACAGAGUCAACAAUUAUUAUG